GCGGCCGCCACACUCCGCCAGUCGCCUGCUGAUCGUCCGCGCGUAAGGACUCCGCCUCGUCCUCGCCUCUAUGCGACGGUAUCCUCUUUACGAUCGCAUUGUUGUCCGAAACUAACAAACAUAAAUGACACCAAAAAGUUUGACAUACAUUUAGCACAGGAUCUGUUAAGUUCGAGCUCAGGAUGGCGGGCAAAACCGCGGCGUGGGUGCUGCUGCUGGCGCUGUGUCUGGGAACCACUUACUCACAAACUGCCUUCAGCCAGGGAUUUGCGCCGUCGGACGAGGUGUCGCGGAACUACAGCGAGAUAGAGUCGAGGGAGAGCGGGCCGGAGCUGGAAUUCCGCUACCAUGACCACGACGAGCUGACGCGCUACCUGCGCGCCGUCUCCGCGCGCUACCCCGCCCUCACAGCACUAUACUCCAUCGGGAAGUCCGUGCAAGGUCGCGACCUGUGGGUGAUGGUGGUGUCAGCGUCGCCGUACGAGCACAUGAUCGGCAAGCCGGAUGUCAAGUAUGUCGCCAACAUUCACGGCAACGAAGCUGUAGGACGCGAGCUGCUGUUGCAUUUGAUCCAGUACUUGGUGACGAGCUACGAGACGGACGCGUACAUCAAGUGGCUGCUGGACAACACCCGGAUCCACCUGAUGCCAUCCAUGAACCCUGACGGAUACGCCAUCUCGCGCGAGGGACAGUGCGACACCAUACACGGCAGACACAACGCGCGGCGGUACGACCUGAACCGCAACUUCCCGGACUACUUCAAGGCUAACACGAAGCAGCCGCAGCCGGAGACGGAGGCUGUCAAGGAGUGGAUUAGCAAGAUCCAGUUCGUGCUCUCCGGCUCGCUGCAUGGUGGUGCGCUCGUUGCCUCGUACCCCUACGAUAACACGCCCAGUGCCAGUCCCCUAUCGACAGUGUUCCAAAGCUACGCGCACUCGCCGUCGAUCGCGCCGGACGACGACGUGUUCCGGCACCUGUCGCUGGUGUACUCCAACAACCACGGCAAGAUGUCCCGCGGCGUCUCCUGCAAGUCCGGCUCGCCCAGGUUCCCCAACGGGAUCACCAACGGAGCCGCUUGGUAUCCACUCACAGGUGGAAUGCAAGAUUACAACUAUUUAUGGCACGGAUGUAUGGAGAUCACUCUCGAGAUAUCUUGCUGCAAGUACCCGCCCGCGCACGAGCUGCCCAAGUACUGGCAAGAUAACAAGCAGUCAAUGAUCAAGUACCUGGCGGAGGCGCACCGCGGCGCGCACGGAUUCGUGAUGGACGAGAACGGCAACCCGGUGGAGCGCGCGUCCGUGCGCGUCAAGGGCCGUGACGUCACCUACCACACCACCAAAUACGGCGAGUUCUGGCGCAUCCUGCUGCCCGGCACCUACCGCCUUGAGGUAUCAGGAGAAGGUUAUUUACCACAAGAAGUCGAAUUUAUUGUUAUAGACAAUCACCCUACGCUACUGAAUGUUACCCUACAUUCAGCCAAGCGCAUCGACGGCGGGCCGUACUACCGGCCGGUGCCGCUGCCGCCGCGGCUGCCCUCCGCGCCCGCCCCCGCGCCCGGCAUCUUCGCCACACUCUCCAACUCAUUCAACAGUCUCGUCUCCAACAUUUUUGGAUAAAAAAAUCUAAAUUACUCAUAUUAUAAGUGUCGAUUCAAGAAGUAUUUCCGGUGUAUGGAGUAUUAUAAGUGUGCGACGGGUAGGGUUUCGUUCCGGGAAUUCCCGGUUCUUUCCGGACCGGGAAACCCUAGCGAUGGCCUUUACUGUUUAGUCAUACAUUAUCACAGCUAGAUUACAUCUCAAUAAUAAAAUUUACUAAUAGAUAUAACGAUGAAAACUAAGUAUGAGUAACUGAUUCGUUUAAGUAAGAAGUACUCAAUGUCUCUAAUGGUAAUCGUAAUCGUAAGUAAUUUAUUGGUAUUUUUUUACACCAAAAACAAUUUCACCAAUUAUUUUUAGCCCGAGAAUGAGUAUAGAAGCAAUUAAUUAAUGAGAGAUCUCCAAAAUUAAGUUUCAUGAUUAGGAUGAUCUUUGUAAAUAGUUGAAUAGAUAGGCAUUUAAUUAAGUAUGUUAUUUAAGAUUUAUUUAUUUAUAGAGAAAAUAAAAUAUUUUUAACUAAGA